AUGAAUAGUCCGGAUAGAGCUAUCCUCACAAGGAAAAUCGCUUUGAUGGGAUACCCAUGUGUUGGUUGGUUUUUUUUUCUGUUUUUUCUACCUUCACUCUCACAGGAAAUUUCAUGCUACUUUGCGGUUGAGAUUUUUGAAAAUCGACUAGAAAACUCCUUGAUUUAAACUGGUACACCUGUAAGUCAAAUAGAACCAACAAAGUCCGGGAAGAUAGGCCAUUUUGGGGAUUACUAGGGCAUGAUCUCCGCUUGACAACAAUUUGAGAAUUGAGACUUUGUGGGUGGAUAGGCCUAGGUGAGAGUACUGGGAAUCAAAAAUAAAAUUUUGCUAAGCCACAUAGGCGGCUGAGAAAAAACUCGCAGAAAGUUUUCCAGCGCGGAUAUGGACGCUCGGAGCCUUCGGCUAGCAACUGGCGGCGUGGUGUAGUGGGUAGUGGUCUUGCGCACUGCCAAUAUUGUAACCAUGGUUCGAAUCCUUUUGGCGGAAAUUGUUUUUGCCGGCUCAAAACUUUAUUCAUUUCACAUUUUGUGAGAUUUUUUCAAAAAUUUACGUCAAUACUUGUAGAAAGCUAUUAAUUCUAAUACUUUUUAUCAUGCCACUUUUUUUCUUCUCGUAUGAGGAGGAUAUUCUCAAAUAUUUUUUUGUUGGAAGACAGGCAACAGCAGCGUAGUUAUUUUUUUGCACAUAAAGUAGAGAAAAACAUUUCAAAUCAGUAUUUUUGUUUUUUUAUUGUGAUUUUAAUAACUACGCUGCUGUUGCCUGUAUUCCAACAAAAAAAUAUUUGAGAAUAUCCUCCUCUAUACGAGAAGAAAAACGUGGCAUGAGAAAAGUAUUAGAAUUAAUAGCUUUCUACAAGUAUUGACGUAAAUUUUUGAAAAAAUCUCACAAAAUGUGAAAUGAAUAAAGUUUUGAGCCGGCAAAAACAAUUUCCGCCAAAAGGAUUCGAACCAUGGUCUACACCACGCCGCCAGUUGCUAGCCGAAGGCUCCGAGAGUCCAUAUCCGCGCUGGAAAAGUUUCGACGAGCUUUUCAUCAGCCACCUGUGUGGUUUAGCAGAAUUUUAUUUUUGAUUCCGAGUACUCUCACCUAGGCCUAUCCGUCCACAAAGUCUCAAUUCUCAAAUUGUUGUCGAGCGGAGGCUAUACCCUAGUUAGAGCCUUGAUUUUUCGAAAACUUGAAAGUUGUUCAGACUGAGAAUUUUAAAUACUCCUUCUAGUACAUCACGAAGUGUUCUGGACAAUUUCAGGAUAUUCUUAACCGCAAAAUGAAAUUACUUUCCUUGUCAGAAACCUAUCAUGAACAAUAAAAACAGUUGUUCAUAUUUUCAGGCAAAUCUUCGAUAACUUUGCGUUUCGUGCAAGGAUAUUUUCCGGAUUCUUAUGACACCACCAUUGAAGACAUGCAUUCUAAAAACUAUAAGUACGAAGGACGGGAUUACAAUUUGAAGAUAACAGGUAAAAUUUGAAUGGUUUUAAUGAUCGGGAAAUAUGCAUUCUAAGAUCUUGUUUUUUUCAAAAAAAGUCAUUUCACGAAAAAUUCCGUUUUAAAAAUAAAAAUUCUUUUUUUGAUUUCACAAAUUAAACCAGUGAAACCGCAAUUGAUGAGUUACGAGUCUAGUAUAUAGAAUUAGUUCAUUUUUGUCCCAGAAAUAUUUUUUUUGAUUUUCUAAAAAGGUCACCAAAAAGAAAAAUUUUAUGCGUUUCCUUAUAGUUUUGUUUUUGGUAUGAAUGGUUCAUAAUUGAUCAUUGUAAGUUUAUCAUUUAAAUAUAUCUUUAGAGAAUUACUUUGAUUAUACCGAAAAAAGAAAAUACGGCGAACAACUUCUAGAAACUUGCUGUGCUCUGUAUUCCUCGAGCGAAAAAAAAAAAUUAUUUUGAGUAGUUUUUCAUUUUUAUAAGGCCAAUGCAGUUCAAGUUUUGUUGAAAAAAAUUUUUGAGAGUUAUAAUUAAGCUUUUAAUUCCAGAUACCGCUGGACAGCAGGAGUACUCAGUUUUCCCUCGUAGUUGCUCAGUUGAUAUUCAUGGAUUCAUUCUUGUUUACGCUAUCGACGAUAGGAAAUCGUAUGUGAAUUCGUCGCUAGGACUAUAUUUUGUAUCAAUUUGCAGAUUUGAGAUGAUCCAGUCGAUUUAUGACAAAGUUGUUGAAUGCGUUGGUGAUGUAAGGUGAGGUUUUUUGUGAAUUUCAAGGAGGAUUUCAUCAAAAUAUUCAGAGUCCCGAUGAUAGUGGUCGGUAACAAGGUGGACCUGCAGCACUCCUGCAGAGUAAUCAGUAGAGAUGAAGGAGCCAAAUUGGCCAAAAGCUGGAACGCCGCAUUCAUCGAGACGUCGGCCAAAGAUAACACCGUCAGUUCCAACUUCUUUUUGUGAGUGGUUUUCAACCAUAAUUGUUCAGGCCGUGAAUCAGAUUUUCGACAGACUGCUGAAAGAAAUCGAAGUGAGUAACGGAAACGCGCCUUCCUCUCCUGAAAAGAAGUGUCUCAUUUUAUGAUUUUGUUUUUAUGACGUGAGGUUAUAUGUUAAAAAUUUAAAGAGUUUAUGUGCCCUUUUUUUCUCUCAUUUCCAUUCAAACUUGUGUUCAUUUGCCAUUUUGGUAAUGUGAAGUUCUUGUUUUUUUUUCUACUUGAGGAUCAAAUUUUGUGUUUAUGUCUCGACAACUGUAUAUUACUAUUUGUUUCUCCAGAAUGAAAUCAUCGAUGUAAAAACGGAUAUCACAUUUGCCUGUUAUGUUUUACCACCUUGUUCUUGUUACUGUAUAUACUCAGUGCGUGAUAAAUGUUAUGAUGAUCUAGUUCGAUGUUGUGAUUCAUUCGUUUAAUCGAUCAUUAUAUAUGCAAUACUAAAUUUGAAAUAAUUUAAUUUGAUAGAUCUUGAUCGUCAUAGGAUUUUUUUUUAGUUAUUUUCUGAGUCUCGUUCAAUAUCACAAAAAAACGUGGAAAACUUCGAAUUAGCGUUUCUUGGAUGGUUUUGAGGGUUAUGGUUUGCUUCGUGAAGAAAAGCUUGGAAAAGGAGAUAUGUAACUGAUCAACACCGUUUUAGGCAUGAUGACCGACGACUCACCAGAAGUCGUCAGUCGGGUGCCGGGCCUUCCUCGCGUUGCAGAGGCCGUGUCGAAGUAGGUUUUGUUCUUUGGGUCGGGUAAACACUUGUUUUUUUUUCUGUUUGAACUAGCGCGACCCAUCACUUUUCUCUUGAUAGUUUCUCCUAAUCAACAAUGUUCAACCCCAAAAAUCGUGAAUUUUCUCCAAUUGACAGAAAGCGACGGUGAGAUUUUAUGUUCACAUUCAUAUUUGGUCAGUUUGUAGUUCUUACAAAAAGCUUUUAGCGUGGAUUUCGCUCAAGUCGCUGGAAAAGUUGAGUCAAUCAAAAAAUGGACAAUUGGUACGUUUAAAAACUCGCGACAACAGCUUUUGGAGCACAUGGGAAAGGUAUUUUUUGAACCUUUUUCGGCUCCCAGUAGUAUUUUGCAGAUAGAUAAGACGGUUGAUCCCGAAUUCGAAGAGAAGUGCGAUAGCUUGAAAGAAAUCCAUCAGAGGUACCGUGAAAAUGUAUAUUUUCAUGUGAUGACAAAAGUUCAGAUAUGGGGCUGUUGUACUGGCGUCUCGCCAAUUUAGCCAAGUGCUCAGUCAGAUGGCGGCGGCGGAAAAGAAGUUCUCCGAGUCCUUCUUUCAAUUGUCAGUGAAAGAAGAUCAACUGAAAGUAUAUUUCGGUCUGGGACCUUUGAACAAGUCUUUCCUUGAAGGCGCAGUGCAACGCGACGGCCGAGGUGAUGAAGCAGGUCGGCGAGCAAGCGUCCUCCUUGGACAUUUGUUUGCGAUACUUCAUUUCUUCCAUGGAAACCAUCUACUCGCAGACGAUCGCCGACACUUUGGAGACCAUCUACUCAACCGAAGCUGUCAGUCUCUCUUUCGAAUGGGAGUAUAACUUUUCGAUAUUCUUUUCUGUUUCGAAGAGAGAAGGGUUAUUACCUUGAAUUUAAAAGAUAAUAAUCAAAAAUCAAAGAUAUAUAACACUACUUCAUAAAGGUAACCUAGGAAAGUUUUUCACAGUUGCUCUUCUAACUUUUAAAACUUUUUCAUCGUAAUUUUUGGAUUCAGUGACAUUUAUUUAGUACACAAAAGUCUCAGAAGCAUGGUACAACUAUUAAAAUGAAGAUUUAUUCGACACCUUCUUUUCUAAAUGUUUCUAAACUCAUUCAAAUUGAAGCAAUGGCGCGGAUCACGAAACAACUAAUGGAAAAUGAUCCGCAUGGAGGUGAAAAGAAACGUUAUGAAAUAGUUUCGCUUCAUGAAAUCAUUAUUAUUAUUUCUUUUUCAAGAUCACUAGAAAUAAUCUACUUUUUAGCAAACUUCAGUGAAUUUGGAUCUUUUCAUUCAGGCUCGCAUUGAAUAUGACGUUCACCGACACGAACUGGCCAACCUUCAGAACAGUCCUACGGAGAACGCGUCAGAAAAAGUUUCGGAAGCCUCGGAGGCUUGUGAAACGCAUAGGAAGAAGUACGAGCAAUACAAAGAAGACGUCAAGGUAUUUAUAGGAGAAAGGAUUUUUUCGCAGAACUAGUUCCUUUCAGGUGAAGCUGAAGUUACUGGAGGAGAACCGCAUUCAGGUGGUGUCGACCCAACUCGAAAAGAUCCAUGCCGCCCUGGCUGCCUAUUACUCUGGUAACGCAAAGCUCCUUGAGAGUUCCGUCCGAGAAUUGUUUGCUUCCGGAGUUUCCCCACCUUCUUUCAUUCCUAAUAUGUAG